AUGGAGACCAAACUGAGGCAGGAGGAAGAAGCACCGGCAAAAGAAGGCGAGAUGGAGGAAGACCCCGCUUCGGGCCACACGUGCGGCGUGUGCGGCCGCAGUUUCCCACUUCUCAGCUCGCUUUCGCAGCACAUGCGGCGGCACACUCGCGAGAAGCCGUACAAAUGCCCCUACUGCGACCACAGGACGGCGCAGAAAGGAACCCUCAAGGCACACAUCCGAAGCCACAAACUAGGCCUGCUAGGCCUCAGCGACCGGCAGAAGGAAGACGAGAUACCCGACGCUCCUGAAAUGGUAAAAAAGAAAGCGAACAAGAAAAAAGGUAAAGAUUUGGAGGCUGACAGAGUGGACUUUGGGCCAUUUCCCGAGGCGCCGCUGCUCAAAUCGCAUGUGAAGCGUCUCCGUAACGCGCAGGACCACGGCUGUCGCAUCUGCGGCCGCCGUUUCCGCCAGGCGUGGUUCCUGCAGAGCCACAUGCGCAUCCACCGGGUAAAAGCGCAGUUGCGUGGCGGGAAGGGCGACGAGCCGCCCCUUACUGUCAACGGCGUGCCGCAGGACCCCGCCGCGCUCGCCAACGACGAGUGCCUCUACGAGCUCUGUGGUAACUGCGGCCACUUCUUCACGGACUGCAAAAACCUACGCGUACACGAAAGGUUACACAAGCACAGCCAAAACGCACCGCGGGACCUGGAGGCCUCGCAGCUGACCAAGACGCGAUUUUUGGAAAGCCUCAACCUCACGCGGGUGACACCAAAGGAAGCUCAAACGGACCUAGGACGGAGAAUCCCAGAACUGGACCCGUUGUGCAGCUACCAAGCUUGGCAGUUGGCCACAAGGGGGCGACUGGCGGAAGUUGGCGAGAAAUGCCUCGGCUGGGAAGAACGGCUCGCAGACGCCGAGGUGGUGUACAACACGGCCAAAGGAGAAUACGUGCCCGUCAAACCGGAGAAGAAGAGGAAGCCCGUCGACGUGCCUGCCUCCAUUGCCAAGAAGAAGAAGGGCGACACUGGUUCUGUGGGCGGCGACAAAAAGAGUUGCCUGAAAGAUCGCAUCUUGCUGAACGGACUCGGACAAGCCUUUUAUGAGGCGCUGCAGCACAGAUCCAGCAAAGAUACACACAGCAACAGCAGCAGCAAUCAGGAGCAGGAAGAUGAAAAAAAGCCUUUACUGUGCGAGCACUGCGACUUCCACACGUCGGACGCGUCACUCCUCAGCUCUCACGUGCACACGCAACACCGGGACAGCAAACCGAGCACGACUUUGGACAAAGCGGCUGGCCAAAGUGGCUCCACGGCCUCCAGAUACGUGGACUACCUCCGGAAAAGAAGCGCUCUGCUUUGUCAGCCGUAUUGGAACCCCUUUCCCGGCUUGCCCGGUGAAGUGACCGUUAAGACGGAAAAGUCCAGCGAGGCGGGGACGGCGAGCGAUUUUGUGAGUCUUCUCAACUUGUCGGCACUCCCGGACAAUAAAGGACAGGACUCGGUUAAAAAAGAAGGCCUGCUUAGACAUCAGUGUCCGUAUUGUUCCCACGCCACCUGCUACCCUGAAGUUCUGUGGAUCCAUCAGCGGGUGUUGCACAGAGUCGGAAGCGGCAGCUCUGCCGCCCCCAAGUGGGCGCCCUGCUCUAAUGGCGCCCGGGGUCCGAAAACCUCCCGUUGGAGGCGCACGGGACCGCCGCCGUUCCUUGAAGGGAAAGACUGCCCUGCGUUGCCAGCGCCUAAAAGCCAACGCACGCAACCGCCGGCUGCUGGCGACACCAACCCGCCGCCCGUUAAGCAGACGCCCGCCAAGAGUCAAUCGGUUGCCAAGUCCAAGCCCAAAGAUGUGAAAGCUCCAGAUUCACGCCCAAGGGUGAAGUCAGAGCUGAAGCGUACGUCCGAAGGCGCCGGCAAACCCAGCUCGUCCGGUAAGAGUGUCUCCGUUAGAACCGUGGAGGAGGGCAGCUUUCCAAAGGAGGGCCUCGGUUUUAUGUUGAGUCACGGCGCGGCUUCAUCCGACUUGGAUCGACAGCGCCCCCAGAAGCUCCCCUCUCCCAGUCCCAAGGGGGCCGACCUCUGGGCCGCUAUGAGCAUGUGGGGCCACCGCGCCUACUUCGAACCGCUCCUGUACUCUCAAACAAAAAGUAACGCGGCGGUCGCGGACACCCCUGCGGACUUUGACGUGGUGAGCCUUCUGAAGAGCUACAGUCCACACGAACUGGCGGCUCUCUACCAGCACUGGGGCUUUGUGGACCCCAGACUGGAUCCACAGGCAAUGCUGCGACUCAACGGCCAUUUUGCAAAUGAAGUCCAUUCUUCCACUGAAGCUUCCAAACAAGUGACCAGCCGUUCCACUUCCACCUCAGGGUCUCUCCAUAAAGGAACGUGA